AUGCAACAAAGAUUACGAUUAGUUCAUACGAUUGAAAAAGAUUUACAAUAUGUACGGAUUUGUAUUGCAAAUGAAGAAAGAAAAAAAGAAUUUCUUUUCUCUUCCAACACAAUUAAUGCUGGCGGCGCACGUUAUGUGAUACCACGUGGUUGGAUACGUUUAGGUGUCUAUGUUGAUCAAGUCAAGCAAGAAGUUAACGAUAUUUGGAAUAAAUGGCCUGUGACUUAUCACGGUACCCAACAAGAAGCUGCUUUGCCAAUUCUAACGCAACGUAUUUUUAGCACUCCUGGCGAUCAAUUACUCGGUGGCUCCAUCUUACCCAUUCGUCCUGGGUAG